AUGCCGAGUUAUGCUAAAUUCAUGAAAGGUAUUCUAUCGCGGAAACUCAAGCUUGAGGAAGUGGAGACUGUAGCUUUGACCGAGGAGUGUAGUGCGGUGUUGCAGCAGAAAUUGCCCACGAAGCUGAAGGAUCCGGGAAGUUUCACAAUCCCGUGUACUAUUGGGCAAUUGUCAUUCGACAAGUGUUUAUGUGACUUGGGAGCUAGCAUCAAUCUGAUGCCAUUGUCUGUUUUCAUGCAACUUGGUCUUCCGGAGCUGAAACCUACUAUAAUGUCUUGGCAACUGGCUGGUCGUUCGAUUACAUAUCCAAGGGGGAUAGUUGAAGAUGUGUUGGUAAAGGUGGAUAAGCUAACCUUCCUUGCUCAUUUUGUUAUUCUCGACUUUGAGGAAGAUAAGAAGAUUCUCAUCAUCUUGGGAAGACCAUUCCUCACGACAGGGCGGAUGUUGAUCGAUGUUCAAAAGGGUGAACUCACAAUGAGAGUUCAAGAUCAAAUGGUCACUUUCAACGUGUUCAAUGCUAUAAAACUUCCAUCGUACGAGGAGGAAUGCUUUAAAGUUGAUGUGGUUGAAGCUGCAGCACAUUCGAAAAUUGACAACAUGCUGAAAACUGAAAUCUUGGAAAGGGUUCUAUCAGGUGGCUCUGAAUUCGGAGAUGAGGAGGAAGAAGAACACCUGAAAUUCUUAAAUGCUUCUCCUUGGAGAAGAAGGAUAAAUCUUCCAAUUGAAUCUCUUGGGUUAUCGGAGUUAAAAGAUUCUCAUGAACGGCUGAAACCAUCCAUUGUCGAAGCUCCUAAACCUGAGCUCAAGCAACUUCCCGAACACCUAAGGUAUGCCUUUCUUAGAGAAGCUUCUACAUUACCUAUAAAUAUUGCAUCUAACCUUUCAGGUAUCGAGGAAGAAAAGCUUUUGAGAAUUCUUAGGGAAUUCAAAUCAGCCAUUGGAUGGACUAUCACAGAUAUCAAGGGAAUCAGCCCUUCUUAUUGUCAACACAAAAUUCUGAUCGAGGAGGGUAGUAAACCCACUGUUGAGCAUUAA